UGCCCAGCGGGGUUCGGGGGCGUCCUCCCGCCUCGGCUGCGUGCGGGCGUUCAGCGGCGCGGCUAGCCUGCGUCCGUGGUGCCGGCAGAGGCGGAAGACCGUCUCGGGGGUCUCGAGUCUUGAAGCCCACUCCCGAGAGCUCCGUCCGAUGGGGCGCUCCCCGCGGGAGACACGGCGGCGAGCCCUUAACGAGGAGCCGCCUCUGCGCGGUGCAGACCCAGAAGGACGCGGUCCUUGGGGUUUUGGCGGGAUGCUGAGGACAGCCCCACGGAGGGGUCGCCCUGCUGGGGGCCAGGUUUGAGCCUCUGCGGCCGUCGAGGCAGCGCCUUCCAGCGUCCCCAGUGUCCAGUUAACGACUUUAAAAAAUCCGGUUAAGCCGGGACAGCGCACGUGGGAUCUCGCCCACCGCAACCCUCGUCCGCGGAGCCGAGAACGCCGCUGCCGCUCUGCGAGGUUUGACCCUCGCUGCGCUCCGUUUUCGGCCCCGCGUGGUCGCGUUCCCGCGCUUUCGGCCUGAAGGGUCAGAGGGCGCGGCGCAGGCGCAGGGAGCCGAGGCGGCGGCGGCGGCCAUGGGCGAGGCAGGCGGCGCUGAGGAGGCCUGUCGGCGCGUGGGGGCCCGAGAGGAGUUCGUUAAAGUCCGCAAGAAGGACCUGGAGCGGCUGACGACGGAAGUGAUGCAGAUCCGGGACUUCCUGCCCCGGAUUCUCAACGGGGAGGUGCUGGAAAGCUUCCAGAGGCUGAAGAUCGCCGAGAAAAGCCUGGAAAGGAAAGAGCAAGAGGUAGAGCACCUGAGGACAGACUGUGCGCACUUCCGAGCCCGCCUCGAGGCCGUGCAGGCUGACAGCCUGAGAGAGAAGAAGGAGAAGCUCGCUCUUCGACAGCAGCUGAACGAAGCGAGGCAGCAGCUCCUGCAGCAGGCAGAGUACUGCACGGAGAUGGGGGCGGCGGCCUGCACCCUGCUGUGGGGCGUCUCCAGCAGUGAGGACGUGGUCAAGGCCAUUCUGGGAGGAGAGAAAGCUUUGAAGUUUUUCAGCAUCACUGGUCAGACCAUGGAGAGUUUUGUGAAGUCGCUGGAUGGGGAUGUCAAGGAGCCGGAUUCUGAUGAGAAUCAGUUUGUGUUUGCUCUGGCUGGGAUCGUGACAAAUGUGGCCGCCAUUGCGUGUGGUCGAGAAUUCUUGGUUAACUCAAGCCGGACUCUGUUGGACACCGUGCUGCAGCUUCUGGGGGACCUGAGGCCGGGACAGUGCACCAAACUCAAAGUGUUACUGCUGAUGUCCCUGUACAACGUGAGCAUCAACCUGAAAGGCUUGAAGUACAUCAGCGAGAGCCCAGGAUUCAUCCCGCUGCUCUGGUGGCUUUUGAGUGACCCGGACACAGAGGUGUGUCUCCACGCGCUGCGACUCGUCCAGUCUGUGGUCCUGGAGCCGGAAGUCUUCUCCAAGUCGGCCUCCGAGCUCCGGAGCUCCCUGCCCCUGCAGCGCAUCGUGGCCAUGGCCAAGAGCCGCAACCCGCACCUGCAGACCGUGGCCCAGGAGCUCCUGGAGGACCUCCGCGCCCUGGAGCGUGACGCGUAGGGGCGCUCGGUGUGUCCCUUCCCCUCCCCCAGGCCCCCACUUUGUGUUCCGAAACCGUCACCGUGCGCCAUGUGUUAGAGACGGUAGAACGUCAGUGACUGGAGAGGGACAUGAGUGCGCAGGCGUCCACAUCACUUCCUCCUGCAAGCGAGGGUGCCCGUGGGCAGCGGCUUGACCCGGCCAGGGGGCGGCUGCGGAAGAUCCACCCUUCGGGCAAGGCCCACGCCCAGGACCUGGAGGAGGGCCGUCUUCGAGCGGCUCCCGCUGCUCAGGGGACUUCCCGCGACCUCUGGGUUCGCCUGCACGAAGGGGAUGAGAUAGCCACGUGCCCCGCUGGUCAGCAUUUUCCUGAGAUACAUGUUUUGAAAAACAAUUCAUUCUCUCUCUAGUAGUGAUAAUUGAUUCCCUAAAAUGCAAGUUCACCUUUAAGCCUUUCGGUGAACUUGCUAGUUCAGGUGACAUUGGACGUUUCAGUUCUGUUUGUUGUGCCUGUUUUACUUUUGAAUAAAGAAAGCCAGAAGAGUCA